CCGAACACAAAUUCACCUGAUAGGACUGUGGUUUAUCGUUUCAGGUGCCGGUAGUGUUGUCGUCCUUGACCCUGCAGUCGUGCAGGAAGGAGGCCCGUUCUCGCUGAUCUGUGCGCCAUCAAAGGUGGGGCUCGACGCCAAGAAGAACUCCGUUGUCCAGAUCAGUUUAUCCCGGAAGCUGAAGGAGAAUCACGUGACUCCCUACAUUGCCAGUGUUGUGCCGUCAUUGCAGGAUAAGAUUAUCCACCUAGACAAGCCGGAGCUGAGUUUGUGGUCCAUCUUCCCACCCAAGGAAGAUAACCGGGUAGUCCUGAUGGCCGUCAAAAGACAGGCAGAGACAUCGGACGCUGGCAUCUACAGCUGUGUUGUCUACUACUUACAGAAUGGGGCAAUGGAAAAUCGGAAGCAGGACAAUACGCUACAAGUGCUACCAAGGUCACCUCGCCCCAUCGUUCUCCACUCUCCCGUGGUCAAGGGGUCCACCUUCAUGGCGUACUGUGACGUCAGCCGAGUAAAAAUAGCCACCAAAGACUACGCCUUGAACCAGCUCCAGAUAUGGCACGCCAGCAAGUGUGGGAAACGCUACUCUCUGAUUGGUCAACUGGACCUGGCUAUCAAUCGCAGCAAGGAGAUUGACAGUUUGACCGGGCUACCAAAAAACUGGGUACUAGAGAAAAACGAAAAAGCUGAAAACUUGCCCAAACUCCAUGGAUCACAGCUUUUGUUGAGGGUACGAGGUAGCUCCCAGCAAGAUGGCGGCUGUUUUCAGUGUAAAGUUGUUUAUACAAUCAAAGGCGGCCGGCCCGAAGCGGUGAUUUCUGAGGUCACAGUAACAAUUAAAGAUAAGCCUGACGAUUACGAGCCAAAUGUCCGAUUUAGACCUUUCGCUUUGCCAGAAAAACAAGACUUCCAAGCUUUCAAAGAUGAGCCAGAAAAUGAUGGUAACUCGGUCUUAUCCGGCGCCAUGUCAAGAUUAUUGCUGUUCAGCGUGACGUCAUUCCUAUUAAUUAACUAUUAAAUCAGUAAAAUAUUAAAGUGGAUGUAUUGUAAACAAACAACUUUAUGAAAAAAAAUGUUAAGCUGUUUAGGAGUAUUAAAAAUUUGAAUCACG